CGUUUUUUUCUUAUUGUCGGUUUUCACCGAAGGCUCACACCCGCUGGAUACCAGUGACAAUUUUAGACAACACUGCCGACACAUUUCGCCUCUCUGUCGCGGUGUUAUUCGACAUUGGUGGACGUGGGAAGAGCUCCACACUCGCUCCUGCCACUUCGCUCCGCUCGGAUCUACGAAGGGCGUGUUUGGGCGACCCGAGCCGGGAGUUUCAUCUCCUGCACUUGAAGAAUGACAGCAACUGGUAACUGACUCAGACCCCAUUCCUGACGGGAAACGAUGGAUUAUAAAGAUUUGGACCGUCAUUUGGAGGAGAAACUGACGCUGGCGGACAAAACUCUGCCUCUGCAGCCAGAACCUCAGCCCAUCCAGAAAAGUGACCAGUCUUUAGGAAAGAGUUUUCUCACUCCAGAGGACUCCGCCAUCACAGAUCUGUCCACUAGAUCAGUCUCCAAGACGGUCACCCCCACUGAAGCAGAUGCAUCCUCCAGAACAGAACCUGGGCUGUCCACCCCCGGCUCAGGCACGAGUCCACAACCCAAGAAAGAUGCGAUGAACUCAGAGCAGCGACAGAAACUCGCCAAGGAGAGACGGGAAGAAAGAGCCAGAUACAUAGAACAGCAAACUCAGCUGCAAGCGGCCAAGAAGGCCCAGUGGCUGGAGAAGGAAGAGAAGGCCCGGCGUUUGAGGGAGAGCCAGCUGGAGGACCGGAGGAAGAAGCUGGAAGAGCAGAGGCUGAAGGCGGAGAAACGCCGAGCGCUUCUGGAGGAGAAACAACGACUGAAAUUGGAGAAGAAUAAGGAGCGAUAUGAGUCAGCUAUCAAGAGGUCCACGAAGAAGACUUGGGCAGAGAUCCGCCAGCAGAGGUGGUCCUGGGCGGGAGGACUCAAUCAGACGUCCCGCAGGGAGAGCAGAUGCUCGGCCUCCACGGUCAACUUGCCCAGACAGGUGGACCCUGUCAUUAACAACAGGCUGUCCAAGUCCUCUGCCACACUCUGGAACUCCCCCAGCAGAACCCGCAGUUUGCGUCUGAGUCCGUGGGAGAGCCGAAUCGUGGAGCGGCUCAUGACACCGACUCUGUCCUUCCUCGCCAGGAGCCGCAGUGCUGCCACGCUGUUGAACAACAGCGACUCCCACUCACAUCACUGCUCCCGUUCAGCCUCCGCCAGCCCUUUCAACGCCUGCUCCCACCACACGCACCAGAACUCCGCCGAGCGCUGGAGAGUCUCGUCGGCCAGCACGCCAGACAUCACCCAGCGGCAGCGCAGGAGAAACUCCACUCCGGUUGAUAAGAAGAAGAAAGAGAAGAAGGACAAGGAGCGAGAGAAUGAAAAGGAAAAGAAUGCUCUCACUAAAGAAAAGUCGCAGAUGAAGAGACAGACGGCUUCGCCCAGUACCACCACCCAGAGGUCCCGGCCAGAGACCAGCACCCCCAAGCUGAAAAAUCGACCCCCAUCUCCAGCAGCCCCCAAGAGUCGACCCCUGUCGCCCUUAGCCCCGAGUGGUGGCUCCAAGACUCCCACGGGCAAGAAGACACCACCUCCGGGCACCAAGGCUCGACCCAAACGGGCCCAGACGCCUGCCAGAGUGCAGCCGCAGGCGGUCACUGCCAUCGCUGUGGAAACAAGCCCCGAACCACAGAAGCCUGACGCUCCAGAGGAGACCAAGAACUCCAGCAAUGUUCCUGCCAUCGUGGUGUCCACCGCUCCGGUCACCCCUCCUUCCCUCAGCCCGCCAGUUGUCACGGCGUCCUCGCACGUGGAGCCAAGCCCGGAGCCGAAAGCGUCUGCCUCACCUGCUGGUGCAACCGCUACCCCAGCUGUGUCUGCUGCCUCAGCCACCGCCGCACCGGCCGCCCAGGCCAACAAGCCUUCAGCCGGCACCAAUGACCCCGAAGAGGCCACCCGAGCCCUGGCGGAGAAACGCAGACAAGCUCGAGAGCAGCGGGAGAGAGAGGAGCAGGAGCGGCAGGAGCAGGAGCACAGGAACAGGAUCCUGAGGGAGGAAGCCAUGGCCCGUGAGGCGGAGGAGAGGAAGCGCAGAGAGGAGGAGGCACGGUUCAUGGCCGAGCAGCAGCGUCUGCGGGAUGAAGCCCAGCGAGCUCAGGAGGAGAAGGAGGCGCAGGAGAGAGCUAAAGCUGAGCAGGAGGAGAACGACCGGCAGCAGAAGCUGAGGGAGGAGGCUGAAGCCAAGGCACGCGAGGAGGCCGAGCGCCAGCGCGUGGAGCGGGAGAAACACUUCCAGAAAGAAGAGCAGGAGCGACUGGAGAGGAAGAAGCGUCUGGAGGAGAUCAUGAAGAGGACGAGGAAGAGCGACGCCGCUGAUAAAAAGGAUGUGAAAGCGCCUCCACAAGUUAACGGUAAAGAAGUCGACAGCAGUAAAGAGAGCCGCCCGAGCUCCGGACCCUCUCAAGUGGUGAACGGAGUCCAGGGCAGCAGCCACCAGAACGGCGUCUCAGCCUCCAACGGCGACUUAGAGGAGAUGAUCCAGCUGAACAGCAGCGGUAAUCCUCAGCAAAGUCCCGGCGGGAUGGUGGCGGAUCCCAUCCUGGCCUUCGAGGGAGCGGCAGAACCUUUCCUGAUGAAGAAAGGCUCCAUGAAGACUCAGCAUGUGGCAGAAGUCCUGUGAGCCUUCACGCCCGUGGCGCCUUACGUCUCCACCGGAGGGACUUCACCGAUAAGUGUGCCAAACAAACCGACGCUGAAUUCACUGCGAUGAGAACAAAGAGGCCUGGACAAAACAAAAACUCUCAUGAUAUAUUCGGGAAAAAAAAACAAACCAAGUGUUCUCUGUCUCCACUGUUCCGGUGCAGCGAUUGUAAACUUGUACUGAAAUGUCACCGAUCCGAUGGCGCACCUUAAAGAUGACUGAGGUUCAGUGUCAGACCUUUUAUCAUUAUUGACAAUGGUUGUUAUAUUGUUAUCUUAAGUUGUGUGUGUUGUUUUUAUCUGGAAACUAUUGAGUUAUUUAACGACUGCAGACAGUGUAUGUAAAUGUAAAAUGACUGCGAGAAAAAUAAAGCUUUAAGAAAGGGACCUUGCCUCUUCUUUUGAGUCUUUUUCAUUGAUGGUUUUUCAUGGUUUUAACAGAUUGAAGUGUCUUGGGUUUGGUGACCACAGUAUCCCAUCAUGUUUUUCAGGUGCCGUCAGACCGAGGCCUUCAGGUCUUGCUGGAGUCUCUUUCUAAAAAUUGUUUAACAAUCUCCAACGAUGGGUGUGAAUUACCCAGCGAGGUCACGGUCACCCGCCACUAGAUGUCAGUGUUGCUAUUUUUAGGUUUUAGAUAAGGAAAGCC